AUCAAACACAAAACACAAACACAAACACAAACACAGGAAAGCUUCAAAUUUUGAAAAGUUCAAUUGCGAUCAAGAUCUCGUCUGCUUUUCUCUACCCAACUCUGUAAUUCACUUCUCUCCAAUCCAAUCCAAUCCAAUCCUCAUUCAUGUAGUUGAUAUAUAUACAUAUAUAUACACAUACAUAGAUCGAUCUUCGCAGUAAAAUUCAUCAAUGGCAGGCGCCGCCUCGGCGCUUUUCAUUCUUGACAUCAAGGGCCGCUGUUUGAUCUGGCGCGAUUUCCGAGGUGAUGUCACCGCUGUUCAGGCCGAGCGUUACUUCUCUAAACUCCUCGACAAAGAGGGUGAUAUAGAGUCUCACGGUCCAGUGGGCUAUGACAAUGGUGUGACCUACAUGUUUAUACAACACAACAAUGUUUUCUUGAUGACAGCGUCAAGGCAGAACUGCAAUGCUGCCAGCCUUCUUCUCUUUCUGCACCGUGUAGUUGAUGUCUUUAAGCAUUAUUUUGAAGAGUUUGAGGAGGAAUCCCUAAGAGAUAAUUUUGUGGUAGUGUAUGAGCUACUCGACGAAAUGAUGGACUUUGGUUACCCUCAAUAUACAGAAGCCAAGAUUCUUAGUGAAUUUAUCAAGACUGAUGCUUACAGGAUGGAAGUCACACAAAGGCCUCCGAUGGCUGUUACAAAUGCAGUGUCUUGGCGCAGUGAAGGGAUACAAUUCAAGAAAAAUGAAGUAUUCUUGGAUGUGGUGGAAAGCGUUAAUAUAUUAGUCAAUAGCAAUGGACAAAUAAUCCGUUCAGAUGUUGUUGGAGCAUUGAAGAUGAGGACAUAUUUGAGUGGUAUGCCAGAGUGCAAGCUUGGCCUAAAUGAUAGAGUUCUGUUGGAGGCUCAAGGCCGAUCAACUAAAGGAAAAGCCAUUGAUCUGGAUGAUAUCAAAUUUCAUCAGUGUGUACGUUUGGCUCGAUUUGAGAAUGAUCGCACAAUAUCUUUCAUACCCCCUGAUGGAUCAUUUGAUCUGAUGACAUAUAGACUCAGUACCCAGGUGAAACCUCUCAUUUGGGUGGAAGCUCAAGUUGAAACGCAUUCAAGAAGUCGUGUUGAGAUGGUGGUAAAAGCCAGGAGCCAGUUCAAGGAGCGUAGUACUGCAACAAAUGUUGAAAUUCAGUUGCCUGUGCCAUCUGAUGCUACAAAUCCUAAUAUUCGGACAUCAAUGGGAUCUGCUACAUAUGCUCCUGAGAAUGAUUCAUUGUUGUGGAAAAUUAAAUCUUUUCCCGGUAAUAAGGAAUAUAUGUUAAGGGCAGAUUUUAGGCUUCCUAGCAUAACUUCUGAAGAAGCAGCUCCUGACAGAAAGGCUCCCAUCAGGGUGAAGUUUGAGAUACCCUAUUUUACGGUCUCGGGAAUUCAGGUUCGUUAUCUAAAAAUUAUUGAGAAAAGUGGAUACCAGGCACUUCCGUGGGUGAGAUACAUAACAAUGGCCGGAGAGUAUGAACUAAGACUAAUCUGAAAGCCCACCAUGUUACCAUAGCACAAGGCUUGCAAUGCCUCUUGGAAAAUUCUCUUCCGCGUAACCUUGGCAUAUGCGGCACUAGGUCCCUCGUCUUGCUAGUAAUCUUCCUUCCAAUGCCCUAUCAAUAAAAAAGGUACUAAGGUUGCGCAAAUAUUUUACUUAUUUCAAAUUUUUUGGGGGUUGAAGAAAUGAUUAUUUAUGUAUUGAAUCUCAUCAGAACAUCCCGGGUUAGUGUCCCAAGAGUAGGAAGUU